CCGGUUCGUUGUCGCGACAAUCUACAAACGAUUCAGAAUCUGAUACAACAACAACUGCAAAUAUGUCACAAUCAACUGUAACAGGCUCUUCGCAGCCAAUAAAGAAGAGUCCACGCGAAUUCAUUAUACCAAUUGCGAUGGAGGGCGGUGGCUUCAUAACACCGCGCGAGGGCAGCAUUGAACCUUCGGAGUCUAGUCAUACAGCCUCGAGUCGAUCGGCAUUCAAUCGGUUGCGGCCAACUCGACGCAUUGGUAGCUCACUACUUAACGAUUCUGGCAUCGACGAGAAUUCGCCAUUCCAGAAAUUCCGCACGUCGUCCGGCAAUAGGGAAGGCGACGAGGAGCCGCGUUUCACGCUGCACAGAUUAAGAAGCUCAAGACCAGUUAAGAAACUGAGUCAGGAAAACGAUUCACAAAGUUCCGGCGAAGAAGAUGACGAUGACGGCUUUGAAAUUUUAACCGCAGAAAAUCUCUUCUCCACAUUACUACAACGAGUGCAUGCACUAACACAUCGCAUGAAUGUUGAUAAAGAUUUAACUGCAGGUUUUCCAAACUCAAGUCGCCUGCUCAGCAAUAUGCGACAUGGCCCCUUUUGGAAUCAAGAACCUUUUGGCAGGUGAGUUUU